CAAAUGAGGAAAAAUUGACUUUCUAAAGUUAAAACAAUGGAAGCCUCAUCUGCGGAACACCACAAACGUCUGGAAUACUGCGCUACAAGACUGCCAUAUCGUCAGGGUAGAGAAUUAAAGGCUGUUAAGGUUUAUACAGUGGCCAGUGAAUCCCGGCACUUGCUGAUCUUCGGCGUGCCCAAAAUAAACCUCCAAACUAAUCUCAAAACUAAACUACAGGGUUUUGGAAAACUGCAAUCUUGCAUUUGCAUAACUUCAGAGAUGGCUUCAAAAAUGGAGCUGGAAGCCUUUACGGAUGUGUUUGCCGUCAAAUUUGAACGUCUGGAGGUAGCUAGAAGGGUUAAAAAGAUGCUCGAUGCCCGCCAGUUCUUCGGCGGGAUCUUGCAUAUAUCCUAUGCUCCAGAGCGGGAAUCCAUUGAAGAACUCCGGGAUAAAAUGCUGCAACGCAGACAAGAGGUGGUCCUUCGCAUACGGCGGAACCAGAGGAACGAACCUCCGGUGCCGAAAAAGAGCCGUGAAGCCAAAUGAUUACACGUUGUUAACGCUUUAU